AUGCAUAAAUCACUCUUGUUGUUGGCACUCUGUGCAGCUGGUGCGCUUGCUCAAGGAGAUUACCAUGUUGAUAUCACAAACAGCGCGGGCUGGACUCGCACUUUUUACGAAUACUCAGGCUACAGAGCGUGCUAUUGCCUCAUCAACACCCAAACGGCCAAGAUCUACAACAGAGACGUAGGAGAUGUUAAGCUAUUCUCAAGCACCGAUUGCACUGGAAGCUAUACUCCCCUUGCUAAGGGUAAGACCCAAUAUAAUGCGCAGUGGGUGGACAGCAUGUCCUUUGGCAAGUCCGGUAUCCCCUCAAGGGAUCCAACUUCGUGCCCCAACUACUUUUCUUAA